AUGGCGAGAUUGGUGGCCGCACUCCUGGAGCAGGCAGGGAAGAGGAAGGGAACCUUGUCGAGACUUUCUCUCGCCCCUUCGAUCAGAAACAAGAAGGCCACCCUGGCACUUGCAGCGGAGACGACAAGGCUCUCCAACCUGAUAGAUGAAUGCAUGAAGACAACUGGGCUUGCCAGCGAGGAGAAUAGGUUCAAACCGUUCUUGCUCAAGGUUCUCGUGUACGAGAUCCUGUUGGGCAAGAAGAAGAUCCAAGGUGGGGGGGAAGCCAGUCGACUGGUCAAGGGCCAUCGAGAAGGUCUUGUGAAGGCUCUUGGCCGUCAGCUUGAAAAGCGAGGAAUUAAGAGUGUAGACGAUCUCUCAAGAGAAAGUGCACAUCGACCCUCUCAUAACCUCAAGUACCUGCGAGUGAACGUUCUCAGGACAACCAUGGCGGAAGUGGUGGAGGGUCUGUUGGCGGACUCGUGGGAGCAAUUGUCUCAUCAGGAAUUCAUGCAAACGCUUUCGAUGAACAAGUCGAAGGUAUUCUGUCUGGAUCCCGACUUCGACGAUCUUCUGAUGCUGCGAUCGACGUCUGACUUCCACAAGAGCCAGCUGGUUGGGGAUCAUUUCGUUCGGAUCCAAGAGAAAGCCAGCUGCAUGCCAGCGAGGGUGAUGAUGGAGGACAACGACAUUGAGUUUGCUCUGGACGCCUGCGCGGCUCCAGGAAACAAGACUACUCACCUGAGCGCCUUGAUGGGGAACCGGGGGAAGAUUGUUGCGCUCGACAUCAAUCAAGAUCGAGUGAAGCUCCUGCAAGAGACGGUGGAGAAGAUGGGGGCCAGCAACAUUACCGUGAUGAAGAAAGACUUUCUGUCUGUCAGUGCCAAAGUCAAACCCUUCUCUCACGUACAGGGUAUUCUGCUGGACCCGAGCUGCAGCGGAUCGGGGAUUGUGGGCAGAGAAGAGAGGAUGGAUGCGAAAUCAAAGGAGAAGGAAGAAGAGCGUCUCCAACGUCUCUGUGCGUUCCAGAAGAAGGCGCUUUUGCAUGCUCUGAGCUUUCCAAAUGUUCGAAGAGUCGUUUACAGCACGUGA